AUGAACGCGCUUCUCCUGUCUGCCUGGUUCGGCCACUUACGAAUCCUUCAGAUCCUGGUAAACUCAGGGGCCAAGAUCCACUGUAAGAGCAAGGAUGGCCUGACCUUACUGCACUGCGCAGCCCAAAAAGGCCACGUGCCUGUGCUGGCGUUCAUAAUGGAGGACCUGGAGGAUGUGGCCCUGGACCACGUAGACAAGCUGGGGAGGACGGCGUUUCACAGGGCAGCUGAGCACGGGCAGCUGGAUGCUCUGGAUUUCCUCGUGGGCUCUGGCUGUGACCACAGUGUCAAAGACAAGGAGGGGAAGACAGCCCUUCAUCUGGCUGCUGGUCGGGGCCAUAUGGCUGUGCUGCAGCGACUUGUGGACAUUGGGCUGGACCUGGAGGAGCAGAAUGCGGAAGGUCUGACUGCCCUGCAUGCGGCUGCUGGAGGGACCCACCCUGACUGUGUGCGGCUCCUCCUCAGGGCUGGGAGCACCGUGAAUGCCCUCACCCAGGUAGCCAGGCCCUCCCAAGACUGCAGUCUGCUCUUGUCUGCUGAGCCAUAG